AUGGGUGCCGUCGUCUCUUGCAUUCAAUCCGUCUUCCGCGGUAUCGGUCGAGCCCUCAGCACCAUCGUUAGCAGCAUCGGAGGUAUCCUCCACGCCAUCAUCAACGGCGUCGUCAGCAUCUGCAAUGCCAUCAUCUCCUUCCUCACCUGCGGCUACUGCGGCCGUCGCAGGAGCCGCGUUGGCGGUGCCGGAACCACCCGCACUUCCGGACGAAGUCCGGGGUCCCUCCCGCUUCCUCGACCUCCCCGCGAGGUGCGCAACCUCAUCUACGAGUUCGCUCUCGUCGAGCCCCCGGUGGCGCAGGCGCCACAACGCCUUUGCAAGUACUGCCCCGUGAGCACCAGCGUCGUCCAGAUGCCCCCUUCGACCUCCACUACACCCGUCGUCAAAAGGGCGGCAUCAUCCCCCUACCUCUGGUCCAAGAACAUCCUCACCGCCGAGGACGACGAGUCCCUCAUCUACGGCGUCCGCAAGGUCCUGUGCGACGAGACCCUCGCCAUGAUCCGCCACCUCGCCGUCUUCGGCGACCAGGAGCUCAGCACCGCCGAGUGCGCCUACGACAGCUUCUGGGACUGCCUCUUUACCUGCAAGAACCUCCGCACCCUCCAGAUCCAGCACGGCUACCUCCCCACCACGGCCACCGCAUCCAGCGCAUCCCCUACCAGCUGCCCCACCUCCAGUCCAUCACCAUGA